AUGUCAUCUAGUGAAAUUCGACCUUUGAUUUCUCUUUCCCUAACAAAUGUAGAAUUUGAUUCAUCCGAUCCUAUUGCUUAUGCUUUGGCAUAUAUAACUCUGUCUCCUUUAGCUAUUCUGGUAGCAUAUCCUACUAUUAUUGUCGCUCGAAGGGAGAUGGCUUCAAUCAAAAUGUUUAUUGGCCAACUCGUUUGCGAAAUUUUGAACGCUGUGUUGAAGAAAUUGCUAAAGGAGAAAAGACCUACUG